AUGUCCCUGGUCAACCUCGCCCACGUCUGCUCACACAUGCAAAACGCCUCCCUCGCCCGCCUCGGCCUCACCUCCAUCCCCCUCUCCAAACUCCACCUCUCACUCUCCCUGCUGCUCCAAAAGCAAGGCUUCCUCUCCACCGUCACCCUCGGCGGGCCCACCCCACCCUUGAAACUCCUCCCACCCACCCACUCCGACGACGCGCCCACCGCAGCAUCACCAGAAGCCGAGCACGUCACACAGCAAAACCGCGCAUCCAGGCGUCUAUGGCUGGGCAUGAAGUACUGGGACGGCGAGCCCGUGUUGCGCAAGAUGCAGUUGUUGUCAAAGCCCACCAAGCGCAUCUGGCUGAGCAGCAAUGAGUUGGGCGAGAUUGUGAGGGGCAAGGAUUGCAAGUUUGUCAGGGGGUUGAGACAAGUUGGCGAGUGCAUCUUUGUCAGCACCGACAAGGGCAUCAUGGAGGCGAGAGAGUGUGUCGAGAGAAAGAUCGGUGGUCAAGUUUUGUGCCGUGUUUGGUAA